CCUACAUUCUAUACGAGGCCCCAGAGCUGCUCUCCCUCACUGCCUUGUCCAAAGGAGUAGUGGCUGCUUUACGCGUGUCCCCGGCUCAGUUAAUUGAAGUUCUGCCUCUUUCCUGCUAAAGUUUUUCCCCAGUCUGCCUUUGCCAGCCCCCUCGUCUGAUUACAUCUAGUAAUUCUCCACUGAAUGAACGUCAUUUACAAUAGUAGGGGAGCUCUGCGCUGGCUGCUGCUUCACGCUCCAUUUGUCCUCCAUUCUCCCUUUAAAGUACUCGUGUAAUAUUAAUAGUCAUGAAUAUCAAUUAUUAUGAGGCGGUGUAGGCAAGCGGAGGGAGGAAGGGGCGCCCGAGCAGUCUGAGCCCAGCUUCGGGUGGAAGAGGACUGCAUCUGGAGCCCCGAAGAACGGCAGAAGAAAAGAGGCCAAAAAGACAGCAAGAGACAGAUGAACAGUUCUGUCUGUGUGUGACAGGCAUCACCAAUCUUGUUGGGGAGGGUAUUUUUUUUUUUUUGAUGGCUUGUCCUGGAAGCACCUCAAGCUCAGCUCCUGUGUCCAGCUCCCUUCUCUGCUGGACUCCUUGAUUUUUUAAAAAAACAUUGUCUGAUUUUGAGCAGUAACCAGGCUUUUUUUUCCAGAUGUUAGUCCACACCUAUUCAUCCAUGGACCGGCAUGAUGGCGUCCCGAGCCACAGCUCCCGGCUCUCGCAGCUGGGCUCGGUGUCCCAAGGACCCUACUCGAGCGCUCCGCCGCUGUCCCACACUCCGUCGUCGGACUUCCAGCCGCCCUACUUCCCGCCCCCCUACCAACCGCUCCCCUACCACCAGAGCCAGGACCCCUACUCCCACGUCAACGACCCUUACUCCCUGAACCCACUGCACCAGCCCCAGCAGCACCCCUGGGGACAACGACAGCGGCAAGAAGUGGGUUCGGAAGCCGGCUCUCUCCUGCCCCAGCCUCGGGCCGCCUUGCCCCAGCUCUCGGGCCUUGACCCCCGGAGGGACUAUCACUCGGUCCGCCGGCCGGACGUGCUGCUGCACUCGGCGCACCACGGCCUGGACGCCGGCAUGGGUGACAGCCUCUCGCUGCACGGCCUCGGCCAUCCCGGCAUGGAAGACGUCCAGUCAGUUGAAGAUGCCAAUAACAGCGGCAUGAAUCUAUUGGACCAGUCUGUCAUUAAAAAAGUUCCGGUUCCUCCUAAAUCUGUGACUUCUUUAAUGAUGAAUAAAGAUGGCUUCCUGGGAGGCAUGUCCGUCAACACCGGCGAGGUGUUCUGCUCGGUCCCCGGCCGUCUGUCUCUGCUCAGUUCAACUUCAAAGUACAAAGUAACUGUGGGAGAAGUUCAGAGACGGCUCUCGCCCCCUGAAUGCCUCAAUGCGUCUCUCCUCGGCGGCGUCCUUAGAAGAGCCAAAUCGAAAAAUGGGGGGAGAUCUUUGCGAGAAAGGCUAGAAAAAAUCGGUUUGAAUUUACCCGCGGGCAGGCGCAAAGCAGCAAAUGUCACGUUACUCACCUCCCUGGUGGAAGGAGAAGCUGUUCACUUAGCUCGGGACUUUGGGUACAUUUGUGAAACAGAGUUUCCCGCCAAAGCUGUUUCUGAGUAUUUGAACCGGCAGCACACGGACCCAAGUGACCUGCACUCCCGAAAGAAUAUGCUGCUGGCCACCAAGCAACUUUGUAAAGAAUUUACAGAUCUGCUGGCGCAGGACCGGACGCCUAUCGGGAACAGCCGGCCCAGCCCCAUUCUGGAGCCGGGGAUCCAGAGCUGCCUCACGCACUUCAGCCUCAUCACACACGGCUUCGGCGCCCCGGCCAUUUGCGCCGCGCUCACAGCCCUCCAGAACUAUCUCACCGAGGCGCUCAAAGGCAUGGACAAGAUGUUCUUGAACAACACCACCACUAACAGGCACACGUCUGGGGAAGGCCCAGGUAGUAAAACUGGAGACAAGGAGGAGAAACACAGGAAAUGAAAAAAAAAAAAAAUUAAAAAAAGGAAAAAUGUUUUAAAUACAAAAGAAAAACAGACAAAAAUUUAAUUUUAGCUUUAAAAUACGGAUUGGCUUUGGAAGAAUUAUAUUAGUUAGAAUACACAUACAAUCAAAAUUUUAAAAAAGAGCUAAAUAACUUAAAAAAAAAAACCUGAGGCGUACAACGGAGCAACAAUAUCGGUUUUCGGUGUCUAUUUCAAGAUACACUUGGAGACAACCGUCCGGAUUUUCCACUUCGGUUCUUUCAAGCUUAGUAAUACUGAUAAUAAAAGAAAACCAUGAUUUCCCCUUCCCCUUUGGAAAAUAAACGUAAGACUAAACGUGAGAAAACGCUAACUUAUUGGAAGAGAAUCGGAGAAACGUUGGUGUCAGUGCUUUGAGAGCUGGUUGACUGAGACUCACAAACUUUUUAAUUUUUAAAUAUUUUUGUUUAGGAAACUCUCUCGCAGUCCCAUCCCUCCACUUCACCUCACCCCUGUCCCAGCCAUCCUUUUCUACGGCGCCCUCCCUCACACUGACAAGGGAAUCUUCUGGGAUGAAAAUGAGUGUGGUCAGCUCUUUUGCGUUCUUUCAGUCCCCCUGGUACCCCCGCCCAGCCCUGCGUCUUAACUCUCUCGGAUCCAGCUCCUCUGCCCCUGCAUAAUUAGGGAGGGCGGGGCGGGAGGCCUGCCGGGAUGCAGGUGGAGGCUGCAGCUUUUGGUGUGGGCCCGUCAAGCACCCUCUCCCGGCUGAGCAAAUCCGGACCAAUAGGUUGACUCAGACUCAUCAGUUCCUUUCAAAAAUGAUACCAGUUCCCAGCCUUGACAGCAUCUGCAUACCGAGAAUCUUGCAUUUAUUAUAAUAUUUGUGUCAUCUACCAAUUUUAAGAACUAUAGUAAAAAAAAAACAAUAUGAAUACGUUGAUUAGUAUGUAAUUCCUUCGGAGGGGUAUGUACCAUUUCAUUCUCUUCUGUUUUCCAAAGCUUUGCCCACAUGGUUUAUGAGCUUCUUCAAAGAGGACUUGGGCUUCCUACACAAUCUAUAAGGUACAGAGAAAAAAAAAAUCCUAUCCCUUUUUAAUCAAAGCCUGUGUGUCAGAAUUUUGCAGGUGCACUUCUUUAAAGAAGCUCAAAGGGAAUAAUUUAGAAAGUGGCCAAUGUGAUAACAGCGUCUGUGAAUCUACAGGCUAACAUACCUCAAUACCGGAGUUCCGGUGCGGGUGGGGGUCUGCAAAUGAAUUUUAACGGAAAAUUGUAAGGGUUGUUGGAUCCCUAUUUUCUAAUAGUAUUGCCCUGCAUUUAAAAUGGGUUGGAUGUUCCUGACCUCUUUGGCAGUUGAUGUUUUAACCGGGAAAGAAGGGAAAAAAAGCAACUUUGCGAGUGGACGUUGGGAGGAGGGUGGCGCAAGCUCCCGUGUUUCUGCAAUUGCUUUCUUACAAGAUGCUUUAUGAAUGAGGCAUUUUUUCCUCCCAGACGUGCACUUGUUUCCGCAUAUAAUGGUAAAAUAAUGCAAAGUGAAAGGAGAUGUAUUUCAGCUGUGAGUUUAACCGUCUGGAUACACUAGGACUAUUCUCAGUGGAUAAAGUUUCAUGCAUUUAGUUUUUCUCACUUAGGGCAGCCUAGCUUCUUUCUCGGGCUCUGUGUGUAUGCUAGCAUUACCAUGAAAUAAGACCUGGAUCCCAAUGUCCACAUCUUCCCCUAAACAGUGAGAAAUAGCUCUAUUUGGGUGAGAUAGGUCUCUAAAUUUAGUGUAGAUACACGCACCUAUUAAAACAAAGUAGGGAGGGCCUUUUCAACAUCCCUUGAAGAUAAAAAUCCAGAUGUUGUUCUGCAGGGUUUAGUUAUAGGACCUACUCAGAUUUCUCCGACUCUCAAUUUUGCUCCCUUCCUUCUUGGCCUUGGGACAAGGGGUAUAGGGCUGGAGUCUUAGGAACCUGCUGCUGAGCGUUUUGCCUAUUUUUAUGCGGGCUUGGGGAGUUAGGGAACUGGUUCCAGUGAGAACCAGCUAGGGCCUAGGCGACAGUUAAGGUCACAUAGCAGCCCAUCUGCUACUCCUAGACUUUGUGGGGUCUCUGGAUCUUUCUGGCUCAACUUCUACCCCACCCCACCCUUUGAGAGGAGUGGAAAGGCCCCCAGGAACUAGACAUUACGAAGAGUGUAGACCCUAUUUCUCCUCGGUUCAAAAGCCCUUGCCUGUGUCCGAGGGCCUGGCCGCAUGUAUUAGAUAUAUUCUAAUUGACAAGGCCGAGAGAGACCACACUGAAAACCAUCGUCUCCUUUCCUUGCAGGGCAACGCGCCCCACGCGUGUGACGUGCGAGAGACGCGAUGGAUGCGCCUUGCUCUUACUGUGCAGGUCCUGAGAGCGUGUGAGCCACACGCGCCCAGUCGUUUUGAGGACAUAGAAUCAGCCGCUGCAGGGGCUGCCGGCCUUGGGCCCUUCCCGCUCUCGGUCUCACCCUAAGGGCUAAGGCGACAGAGAAAGCCCCUUUCUCCAGUAGGUAAUGGGACGGUGCCCCGCGGGCUGCAGUCGGGGAGGGGUCACAGCUCUGCCAGAGGCCACCCAGGAUUCUGCUCCGUGAGGGAGAGGAGCUUAGAAAUGGCCGAGGAAUCCGAACUUCCGGCCUCCUCCACCCUUCCCAGGACAGGAACUCGCCCCAUCUUCGCGCUCAUAAAGGGGGAAAAGGGGACGGGAAUCGUUUUACGGAGGCUCCCUUCACUGUCCUUUGCCCUCAUUCGUUCGCUCCCUGUGUCCCAGCCAGAUAGAACCCUUUCCUCGCCUCCCUGCUUCCCUUGCUGCGAGGAGUGAGCCCACUGCCCCGUUCCCCACUUCUCACUUCAUGUCGGACCCCCACCCCUUGCUUUCGUUAGUCAGGCCCACUAUGUUUAUCUGAUAAUUGAGUUAUUAAAAGAUUUGGUUUCCUUGGGCCUAUAAAUCAAUAAACAGUAGGAUUAACGCAAUAGUUUGCCUUUUAAGUCAAGGGAAACGUUUGAGGCAAGUCCCUUUGAGCUUUGUUUUCAAACCAAACAGGUGAGUUACAGAUCUCCCCCUACCCAUGCACUCUUUAUGGAAAUGUUAUCCAGGCCUUAUGCCCACUCCUAAGUGCUCAGUUCCAAACCAAAAUAGCUAAAGAUAGAAAGUGGUAAUCAGGAUGUGGCAGUGCUGCCUUCACAUUCUCCACUUUGCCAGUUCCUUUAAAGGUUUUAAAGAUCUUCAGACCAUUCUCUGUCCAACCCUUUCUCCUCCUACAUGCAUUGUGGGUCUCAGGGGAGCAAGAAAUGUGCUGUUCUUGGUGAGGAUUCCAUCAUCGAAAGGACCUUUAACUUCUCCCCCAAACUGGAAAGGUAACUUUCCCUUCUCCUAUUCUCCACCCCCAAUUGUCUUGCUUUUCUUGCCUUCUGGCUUAGCCAUCUCCAUCCUCACAUAAAGAACUGAAGAAGCUUUCAAAGACCUGGCUGUUCUAUUUUCUUUGGCCAAGGAACCCACUUUCUCUAAAGCAAUUAUUUCACAUCCUAUGAAAACUGUGAUCAAAUGGAAAUCCCCAAACUUAUCUACACACUGUUCCUCUGGUGCAAUGCGUUCCUAGUUAAGAGUGUUUAUAGAGAAUUUGUCAUCACAUCUGAUAUCUUGGAUAUGUAAUACAUUAUGUGGAAAGGAAAUAACCUUAAACCAUCUGAUGUUGCCUCAAAAGCCCAACAGCAUUUCCCCUCCUUUGCCUAUGUAUGUUAAAUUAUUGGUGAAAAAAAUCAAAAUUUAUUUUGUCUUCUUUUAAAAAAUGGAACACUAUCCUUUAAAGGCCCAAAUCAACUCUUCUUUUGAGUUGGUUUCUAUUCACUAACAUUGUUUUUGCCACACAGUUAAGAAAUAUCAAUUUAUUGACUCUUCACCAGAAGAGCUCUGGAGGGUAUUCAUGUUAAGUUUGUAUAUAUUUAUUUAUGCUUAAUUUAAAGGGAAUGUGUAAAUACGGCGAGCAAGUAGUUUGGGAUUAUUUAUCUGUGAAUCUAUACCUCUGUGAAUGGGUGGUUAAAAAAAAAAACCGCUUGACCCUAGGUAGAAUCCUAUCUGAAUUUUUCUGUUCUUUAUAAACAAGCUGUUAUGGUAAUGGGUAGAAAUUGGUUUAUUGUCCAGUGUUGAUCUGAUUUACAUAAAUAAAAGGAUUGUUGUGUUUU